AUUGAUAUUAGAAUGUCUGAAUGUGGGAAGAAAACUGCAAAGCCCUUGCUUGCAUCAAAGAGAAACAGAUCAGCCAAGGCUGGACUGCAGUUCCCUGUGAGUCGAGUUUACAGGUUCCUUAAAAGAGGGAACUAUUCUAAGAGAGUUAGUCCUAGUGCUGCCAUCUACCUGGCUGCAGUGCUGCAGUAUCUGAGCAGAAAGAUCCUGGAGGCGGCAGGGAAGACUGCAAAGGAAAACAAACACAGGAUCCUGCCCAAGCACAUCCUGCUGGUCGUGAGAAAUGACGAAAACCUGAACAAGCUCUUCUCUGGUGUGACCAUUGCUCAAGGAGGGGUGUUACCUAAUCUUCCGCCUGAACUUCUUCGUACUAAGUCCUCCUCAUAG